UUGUCGUAGUAGAAAUGGCAAAAAAAAAAUACCAAAAGUGCACCUAAUAUUCUAAAUCAAUACAGCACUAAACAUGAAUGAGGUUUUCAUCUCCCCAUUGGUAAUUUUAUAGUUGAUGUUAGGUUUUAAUCGAACCGCUAUUAAAGUGGGUCAGUUCGCCUCUUUUUUACUUUUGUUUUGGAUUGAACAACGUUCCGCCUAGGCAUGUUGUUCUCAGCAUCGGGUGCACUGACAGCGAGCAGGACGUUUCUCUCAACUGCUGAAGUAACUUUUAAGUCCCGUGUACAGCGCGUUGAAUGCCACAAACCGAUCGAAAGAACCUGUUGUUAUUGACAAGCCUGUGCCAAAAUACUGCCGUUUUUGCAUUUUUUUUUCGUAGCCGAGUUCAACGUCCAACUCGUAAAAAGCGUAAAGCUCACCGAGCCGCUGUCAAAAUGUCAGAGUCCGCAGACAGUCGAGUCAAAACGUUAAAUUUCAACGUCGGGGUGCUCGGCCAUGUCGACAGCGGGAAGACGUCGCUGGCCAGGGCGCUGAGCAGCACCGCCUCCACGGCGGCCUUCGACAAGAACCCGCAGUCCCGGGAGAGGGGCAUCACGCUGGACCUCGGCUUCUCCUCCUUCACGGUGGACCUCCCCGAUCACCUGCGGGGCAACGGCGGCCUCCGGCAGCAGCACGACAGCCUGCAGUUCACCCUGGUGGAUUGUCCGGGUCACGCCUCCCUCAUUCGCACCAUCAUCGGGGGUGCCCAAAUUAUUGACCUGAUGAUGCUGGUGGUGGAUGUGGUGAAAGGGGUGCAGACUCAGACUGCAGAGUGCCUGCUGAUAGGAGAGCUGACCUGCCCUCGCAUGGUGGUCGUCCUCAAUAAAAUUGACCUACUGCCAGCCAACAAAAGACAGAGUGCCAUUGAGAAAAUGACCAAGAGACUGCACAAAACUCUGGAGGGCACCAGAUUUAAGGAAUGUCCAGUGAUUGCUGUGGCAGCAAAGCCCGGGGGCCCGGAGGCUGCUGCCCCAGAGGAGCCUCACGGAGUGCCAGAGUUAAUAGAGCUUUUGAAGAAGCAGACGUACCUCCCUCAGCGAGACCCCGGAGGUGACCUCCUCAUGGCUGUGGACCAUUGUUUCUCCAUCCGCGGUCAGGGAACCGUCAUGACUGGAACCAUCCUGCAGGGGUCGCUGGCCAUCAAUGACACUGUGGAAAUCCCAGCGCUAAAGGUGACAAAGAAGAUAAAGUCCGUGCAGAUGUUUCGGAAGCCAGUGUCGGGCGCCAUGCAGGGGGACCGCGUGGGUGUGUGUGUGACACAGUUUGACCCUAAACUGUUAGAGCGGGGUGUGGUGUGCACCCCAGGGUCCCUGCGCACCCUGUAUGCAGCAGUCAUCUCUGUGAGGAAGAUCGGCUACUUCAAGGGCUCUCUUGCCACCCGCGCCAAGUUCCACAUCACAGUGGGUCAUGAGACGGUCAUGGCGAGGGUGAUGUUCUUUGGCCUGCCACCUGCUGAUGCCUCGCAGCCGCCCUCAGACACUAAGCCGUCUCCCCCUCAGCCCUGCUCACUGGACUCCCCCUUCUCCUUCGAGAGGGAGUACUUCUACCAGGAUGAGUAUGUCACUGGUCAGGGAGAGGCCAGUCCGGGUCCUGAGCCACAACAAUGGGCCUUGUUGGAGUUUGAGAGGCCGGUCACAUGCCCCUCACUCUGCCUGGUGAUUGGUUCCAAGCUGGACACAGAUAUCCACGCCAAUGCCUGCCGGUUGGCUUUCCAGGGCCGUUUGCUGCAGGGGUUUGAAGAUAAAGGCUACGCUGAGACGGCCCUGCCUCGUCUGCGCAUCUACAAGACCAAACACAAGGAGGGUCAGGUGGAAAGGGUGACUGACGAUUAUUCUGUGAUUGGCCGCAACCUGUUCAAGAAGGAGACCAACCUCCAGCUCUUUUUGGGGUUGAAGGUCGUACUGUCUACAGGCGAGACUGGCGUUGUGGAGGGUGGGUUUGGCCAGAGCGGGAAGUUCAAGAUCCGAAUACAAGAGGGCCUUUUCCCUGAGACCAAGCAGUUGUUAUCCUCCACCUCCAAGAAGAAAGGGAAGGGUGGAAGCAAAAGUGGACCAACAAAUGAAGAGGAGCCCAAAACAGAUUCUCAGCCCGUUGCCAUUCAUUUGCAUUUCAAGCGGUACGUCUUUGAUCCCCAUAAAAAGAUGGUUCAGUUGUGACUUGUGUCAGUCGCUUCGCCUUAACGUCCCGGUGCUUCAGACGGGCAGAGGACAGUCUCACGUGUCAUGUGGAGGUGAGGGCAAUACUUGCCUCUGUAUCAGAGGUAUGAUCAUGUUCUUCUAUCAGCCUCUGAUGGCGACAGUCUGCAGAAAGUCAAUGGAAUGCUGAACGCAGUGGAAAGAACCCUUUUCUUUUAUCUUCCUUUAGUGGAAAUGGACUUAAUCCAGUUUUCUACAUCACAAGGUUUGAGGCUGCUCUUCUGUUCUGAUACAUUUGAGUUAUCUUAAAACCAAUUGGCAUCUUUGUUCUUGUCGUGAGUCAGAAUCCCCGCUUUUGACUUGCAUGUUUCUAAUUCAGCAGAGCCUUGAUUGGCAUAAACACAUUUACUGGCAUUACAGAAACACUGAAGUUUAAACAGAUCUCUGUAUUCAAUGUGUGCGUCUUGCUCCCUUGCUGGGAUGAAGCUCAUGUUUCAGGCUCCAUUGGCGGUAUAAUUUCAAACUGAUUUGAACUCAUUUUACUUGGUAAAAUGGUGUUUUGUAGAGCUUCAUUUUACACAGACUAGCUGUUAUUCCAGAGGUUGCCUGUGUUGAACUGAAAACCGAUCUUUUUCAGAAAGAAUAAUAAAGCAAACCUGUUCUGAAAGUUUA